AUGAAGUUCAGCACCACUCUUCUCGCCACUCUCCUCCCGCUGCUCUCCCUCGCUGCACCCACCCCAGAGGCAGAGGCCAAAGUCGAAGAACGCCAGACCAUUACCUGUCCCGGCAACUCUGGGGGUGGAUGCGGAGUCUACACCGUUAGUGGCCUUGGAACUCGCAAAAAAGCUGUCAUUGCUGCUGGAGGAACCAGUUUGGACCUCGCAAUUGCUAUGAUGGAGACGGAAGGAAUGAAUACCAACUACGCCUAUGGCGACAACAAAUCCGGUGAUGCUGCCAACUUCGGUAUUUUCAAGCAGAACUGGUACAUGAUCCGUUCUACCUCGUCCACCUUCAGUGGGCAGACCGCAUCGCAAUACAAUAACGGCGCCGCCCUCAACUCCAACCUGGCACUCGAUGUGACCACACGAAAGAAUGCACAGAACUACUACGGGUGGGAUAAAUGGGCUGGUGGACAUAGAAACGGCCAAACGGGGUUGAACAGCCCGUACACCAAUGAUAUAAAUCUCUACAAGACAGCUGUCUUAUGGACACAAAGCCAGAUCAACAGUAACUCGGCGUAUUUGACCGAUGAUACCAGGUUCUGGGUUGAUGUUGUAGCUAUCUAG